AUUACCUAUUGGAAUACUACAUACCCAUUUAAAUUUCGUCACGCAAGUUAUGAAAGCGUUGUAUUUCAAUUUCAUAAACUUCUGUGAAAGCUUGAAUUAAAUCUGCAUUUAAAACCUUACAAAAUAAAACUAUUAUUCAUUGGUGUAAAAACAUAGUUGGAAUAUUUCUUUGUAUCGAGAUAUUCACGGUCAAAUACAUGAGUGGCUCGUACCUUGAAAAAUAAAAAAAAAAUAAAAAAACUUUCUGUAAUCGUGGACGAUUCGUAUCUACCAGUUGAACAAAUUUUGUAAUCAGCUUCAUCAAUCUCCACUUCUCACCUACAAAAGUGUGCCGUUGGAUAAAAAACAGUUUUUAAACUGCUCUCUUCUUCUGAAUUAAAUAAGGCAUGUGGGUGGAAGGAAUCUGCAGCAGCGGGUGGCGCAGCCACGGGGGCCACCUCGCCACGUCCGCUCCCACUAACCCAAUAAAGCCAGCGCUAAGGACCAUUGCCAAAAACGUGACUGUUUCCAAAACCCUCAGGACACGUCGGCACGCGAUGAGCGCCAACGCCGCAUCCGCAUCGGCAUCGGCGGAGAGCCUGCGGAAAGGGAUCGCGGAGUUCUACGACGAGUCGUCGGGGGUGUGGGAGGACAUAUGGGGAGACCACAUGCACCACGGCUUCUACGAGCCCGCCUCCGACGUCUCCAUCUCCGACCACCGCGCCGCUCAGAUCCGCAUGAUCGAGGAGUCCCUCGCCUUCGCCUCUCUCUCCGAUGAGUCGAAGCAGAAGCCAAAGAAUAUUGUUGAUGUGGGAUGUGGCAUAGGAGGCAGUUCUCGAUAUCUGGCAAGAAAAUAUGGGGCAAAUUGCCAAGGCAUUACCCUCAGCCCUGUCCAAGCACACAGAGCUCAACAGCUUGCAGAUGCUCAAGGAUUGAAGGGCAAGGUCUCGUUUGAAGUUGCUGAUGCGUUGAACCAACCCUUCCCCGAUGGCCAGUUCGAUCUGGUUUGGUCCAUGGAGAGUGGAGAGCACAUGCCUGACAAGAAAAAGUUUGUGAACGAGCUGGUGCGUGUGGCUGCUCCUGGCGGAACCAUAAUCAUCGUCACAUGGUGCCACAGAGACCUAUCUCCCUCCGAGGAGUCUCUGCGGCCAGAGGAGAAGAAUUUGCUAGACAGAAUAUGCCGCGCUUACUAUCUCCCAGAAUGGUGCUCCACUGCUGAUUAUGUCAGCAUGCUCUGCUCCCACUCUAUGGAGGAUGUGAAGUCUGCAGACUGGUCUGACUACGUUGCUCCCUUUUGGCCGGCUGUUAUAAAAUCGGCGUUGACAUGGAAGGGCAUCACCUCGUUGUUAACCAGUGGUUGGAAGACUAUAAGGGGAGCGUUGGUCAUGCCAUUGAUGAUCCAAGGAUACAACAAGGGUCUCAUCAAAUUUGCUAUCAUUACUUGCAGAAAACCAAAUAGGCCCUAACUCUUUCUUGUGUUAGAAUGAAAUAACAUAGCAGCCAAGCCAUUGCUGUAAAAUGGUGAUGGUUACACAUAAUAUAUAGCUUAGUAUGCUGUGAUCAUAUUUGAACAUUUGAAGCUGCCAUCAAUUCUUAAUGCUCGUCUUCUUAGGUAUAGCAUAUGUAAUGCAGUUUAUCUUAUGGAGUAGUUUAUAAUCAAAGGGUAAUUCCUUUCAUUUCA